AUGUCACUACAGCUUGCCGCAGCGGCACGUGAUGUGCCAUCCGUCUUUCAGGGCUUUACACAGCUCAGUGUUGCGCCCGGUGGAGUACCUCGCGGAGGUGCGUUCCACAAGUCCACAAGUCCACAAGUCCACAAGUCCACAAGUCCACAAGUCCACAAGUCCACAAGUCCACAAGUCCACAAGUCCACAAGUCCACAAGUCCACAAGUCCACAAGUCCACAAGUCCACAAGUCCACAAGUCCACAAGUCCACAAGUCCACAAGUCCACAAGUCCACAAGUGCACAAGUCCACAAGUUCACAAGUCCACAAGUCCACAAGUCCACAAGUCCACAAGUCCACAAGUCCACAAGUCCACAAGUCCACAAGUCCACAAGUCCACAAGUCCACAAGUCCACAAGUCCACAAGUCCACAAGUAAACAAGUCCACAAGUCCACAAGUCCACAAGUCCACAAGUCUACAAGUCCACAAGUCCACAAGUCCACAAGUCCAUAAGUCCACAAUUCCGCAAGUUUACAAGUCCACAAGUUUACAAGUCCCCAAAUCCACAAGUCCACAAGUCCACAAGUCAACAAGUCCACAAGUCCACAAGUCCAAAAGUCCACAAGUCUACAAGUCCACAAGUCCACAAGUCCACAAUUCCACAAGUCCACAAGUCCACAAGUCCACAAGUCCACAAGUCCACAAGUCCACAAGUCCACAAGUCCACAAGUCCACAAGUCCACAAGUCCACAAGUCCACAAGUCCACAAGUCCACAAGUCCACAAGUCCACAAGUCCACAAGUCCACAAAUCCACAAGUCCACAAAUCCACAAGUCCACAAGUCCACAAGUCCACAAGUCCACAAGUCCAAAAGUCCACAAGUCCACAAGUCCACAAGUCCACAAGUCCACAAGUCCACAAGUCCACAAGUCCACAAGUCCACAAGUCUACAAGUCCACAAGUCCACAAGUCCACAAGCCCACAAGUCCACAAGUCCACAAGUCCACAAGUCCACAAUUCCGCAAGUUUACUAGUCCACAAGUCCACAAGUCCACAAGUCCACAAGUCCACAAGUCCACAUGUCCACAAGUCCACAAGUCCACAAGUCCACAAGUCCACAAGUCCACAAGUCCACAAGUCCACAAGUCCACAAGUCCACAGGUCCACAAGUCCACAAGUCCACAUGUCCACAAGUCCACAAGUCCACAAGUCCACAAGUCCACAAGUCCACAAGUCCACAAGUCCACAAGUCCACAAGUCCACAAGUCCAUAA